AUGUUCGGUCUUCUACCAGUGCUAGCAUUGAUCACAGCAUCGGUCGCGGUGAACUCUGAUGCGACCUGCUACUUCGUCAACGGCAAUAUCGCCACGGCCGAUGUUCCCUGCAAUACGAGCGCCGAGAUAACCACCUGCUGCAACAAGAAUGACAUUUGUCUCUCGAACGGCCUCUGCUACCUCCAGAGCUCCGGUAAUCACCCGGUCAUGUCAAGAGGGAGCUGCACGGACCAAAACUGGGGUGGUGCCUGUAAAAGUGCCGAGCCAUGUGCGCGCUGGGACCAGGGCACGGGAUACCGGGUUGUGAAUGCCAUCGAUGACCAAUACUGUUGUGGAAACGUUGUGAGCAUCGACAACACCUCGAUUGAAUGUGCCGUCGAUCGUGCCUUUACCGUCCCCAUCGGAACCGUGAUGCCCGGCGUUGCAGCGCUAGCGAACUACACCAAAGACAGCACGAGCAGCAGCUCUUCUUCCUCGGCCUCACCAUCCUCGGGGAACAAUAGCAGCAACGCUUCGGGAGAUACCUCGGGUGACAACAACGAUCAGUCGACACGACUGGCCAUCGGAUUAGGUUUGGGUAUUCCCCUCGGUCUGAUCGCCGGCUCGGCAUUGAUUUGGGGAGCAUGGGAGAGGAAACAGAGGGCCGCUUCGAUGAAAGAGCUGGAGGGGUUGAAGGCGAGCCUUGCUGCAACCAGUGCCCCAGGCGGAUUGGCAUACAACCAUCACUAUGGCCACGCCUAUACUCAGGUCCCUGCGGCGCCACUCACCGAAAUGGCCCAAUCCUCGGUCCCACCAUCCGAGUUGGACUCGACCGGGGCCAAGGAUAUGGCAAGGAGAUAG